AGAUGGUCAAUGUCCCUAAAACCCGAAGAACUUUCUGUAAGAAGUGUGGCAAGCAUCAGCCCCACAAAGUGACGCAGUAUAAGAAGGGCAAGGAAUCUCUGUAUGCACAGGGGAAGAGGCGCUAUGAUCGGAAGCAGAGUGGCUAUGGUGGGCAGACAAAGCCAAUUUUCCGGAAGAAGGCUAAAACCACGAAGAAGAUUGUGCUGAGGCUUGAGUGUGUGGAGCCUAACUGCAGGUCCAAGAGGAUGCUGGCCAUUAAGAGAUGCAAGCAUUUUGAACUGGGAGGCGAUAAGAAGAGAAAGGGCCAAGUGAUCCAGUUCUAA